AUGAAUGUCAGUGCAACUGUGAACGUUUCAAGGCUUCUCAUCAACCCAUCAUUAUGUUUACCCCAUAUGAUGAUCCCCACAUUUAAAGAUCUACCCAUCGCUCCUGCAUUUCCGUUGAUGCCCGAGAAAGGCAUCAGAGCCAUCGUACUAGAUAAAGACAACUGUUUCGCCAAAGCGCACGACGAUAAAGUCUGGCCAGCCUACCAGCAGACCUGGGAUGCCCUUAAAAAACAAUAUCCAAAAGCCAGUCUUUUAAUUGUGAGUAAUAGCGCCGGAACGAACGACGACGAGGGACAUAGACAGGCGUCCAAAUUGGAAAAAGCCACUGGGGUCACAGUUUUGAGACACGCAACCAAGAAGCCCGGUUGCUACAAAGAGAUACUAGACUACUUUUAUCAAAACAAAAUUAUAGAGACUCCCUCUCAAGUGGUCGUUGUAGGGGACCGUCUCUUCACAGAUAUGCUCAUGGCAAAUAUGAUGGGUUCUUGGGGUAUCUGGGUGAAAAAUGGAGUAGUGAAAUCAGAAUCUAUGAUAUGCAAGAUCGAACGGAGAUUUUACGACUACUUGACUGGCAACUCUAUGAGCCCACCUACACCUGGUAAAUAA